AUGAACACGGUCCACUUCCACCCGGGUUUGGAUUCAGGUGUGAAUGGAAGUGUGGUAAGGAUGGAUGAUGCCAAAGUGGAGAUUGACAAUGGGCAGGAUGAUGCUGUGGAACCGGAUACAAUGUACCACAAUAUCAGAAAGAAGAUUGCUCCAUUUGUUAUGUCCUUUGGAUUCCGUGUAUUUGGAGUGGUUCUGAUCCUCGUUGAUAUUGUGCUGGUCAUCGUGGACAUUUCUCUACCAGCCAGAAGCAGAGAAGUCGGGAACUCUUUGGAGACGGUCUCCCUCAUCAUUUCCUUCUUCUUCCUAGCUGAUGUUCUUCUCAGGAUCUAUGUGGAAGGAUUCAAGGUUUACUUUGGCUCCAAAUUGAACAUCAUUGAUGCCUGUGUUGUGGUUACCACUUUGGUGGUCACCAUGAGCUACACCUUUACUGACUUGUCUGGAGCUAGCCUCAUUCCCAGGGUGGUUUCCUUUUUGCGUUUCUUGAGAGUUAUCAUCCUGGUGAGGCUGUUCAGACUAGCAGCUCAGAAGAAAGAGUUGGAGAAAGUCACAAGGAGGAUGGUGUCUGAGAAUAAGCGGCGCUACCAGAAGGACGGUUUUGACCUGGACCUCACCUAUGUCACAGAUCGUGUCAUUGCCAUGUCUUUUCCUUCAUCUGGGAAGCAGUCCUUUUACAGGAACCCUAUUAAGGAGGUGGCGAGGUUCCUUGACACGAAACAUGAUGGCCAUUAUCGAGUUUAUAACCUUUGCAGUGAGAAAGGCUAUGACCCCAAGUUCUUCCACUACCGGGUCGAACGGGUUUUCAUCGACGACCACAACGUUCCUUCUUUGGAGGAUAUGCUGAAAUACACAGCCAGUGUGAGAGAGUGGAUGUCAGCUGACCCGCAGAAUGUCAUCGCCAUUCACUGCAAAGGAGGGAAAGGCCGGACUGGUACUCUUGUGUGCACCUGGCUUAUCGACAGCGAUCAGUUUGAGAGUGCACAGGACAGUCUUGAGUAUUUUGGGGAGAGAAGGACAGAUAAGAGUCGAAGCUCCAAGUUUCAAGGAGUGGAGACGCCCUCCCAGAGCAGGUACGUGGGCUAUUACGAGAUCAUGAAGACGAAAUUCAACAGGAGACUUCCUCCUCCGAAAAGUCUCAAGAUCAAAAGCAUUCGCAUCCACUCCAUAGCAGGUGUGGGCAGAGGUAACGGCAGCGACUUGAAGGUGAAGAUAAUAGUGAGGAAAGAGCUUGUGUUUCAGUGUGUGUGCGCCACACAGGAGAACUGUCAAGUGUUUCCCGACGUGGCCGGCAAUGCAGUAGUCAUUAGCCUGCAGAAUGGACCAGAAGUUCAAGGAGAUGUUAAAGUCAUGUUUGAGUCAACUGCCGGUAUUCCCAAAGGAUAUGAAGACGUUCCAUUUUACUUCUGGUUCAAUACCUCCUUUGUAUCGGAUAACAAGCUGUUUUUAACCAGAGAGGAAUUGGACAACCCUCACAAACCCAAAAUGUGGAAUUUGUACAAGGAGGACUUCGGCGUCACCAUGACUUUUUCGGAUAUCUAA